CGGGGUUUACUUCGAGCGCUGACAUCGGAAAGGGAGGAUCUCGUCGGACACUGAACUCGGCUGGUACACGAAACUGAAAAGCCAACACAGGUAUUACCGAUGAUAUCAGCCUGUGUGCUACUGAUAUUUCGUGUUGGCAUAUGCAUCAUUUUACCGGGGUGAACAUACGUACCGAGUCUGGGAGAUAUUUACGAGGCUUUUAGAUUCCUAUCAACGCUUGCAGUACUGGAAUCCUGUAACUGCCCGAUUUAAUCGCCGCUUGUGAGGGGGCAAUUGGUACUGGUAGCUGCGAAAACACGGUGCCUUGUUGUUUGCCGAAGACUCUUGAAAACCGGUAUUAUCGUUGUCAACUAACGAGACAGAAUGGGAGGAGUAUUUAGCAAAAAGAAGGAAUAUGAUGUGUCUGGGAAGAAGGGGAAGACGACUAUCGAGGCAUCGGCGGACGCACCAGAAGUGAAAAAAGAGGGUGAAGUCGAAGAAAACGCGGGAGCCACGGCGGCCCAGCCGGAAGCCAACAAGAAGGAAAAGGAUAAGAAGAAAGGCCUGAAAAAGAAAGAAGACUCGAUAAAAGAGAAAUCAAAGAAAGAUAAAGAGAAAAAGGAUAAAGCUAAGGACGAGAAAAAGAAAGAAGCAAAUGGAGAACAGACAACGGUGACUACGGAGGAGGCCACUAAGGUUGAGACGAAAGAAGGGUCACAAGAAGUGGAGAAAGAAAAAACAAAGGACAUCAAAAAAGAUGAAAAACCAGAAGAGAACGAAAAACCUACAGAGGCAGCGGAGGAGCAGGCGGAGGAAUCGCUCUCUGCUGACGAUGCAUUAAAGGAAGAGCAAAAAAGCGAACCAGCAAAAGAGGAGGAAAAAACAAAAGAACCAGAAGUUGUUGAAACUGCAGCUGCUGCAGUUGCAGUUGAAGCAGUAAAACAAGAAGAAGAAACAGAACCUACAGAGGAAAAGCCAUCAGAAGCUCCAGCUGAUGAGCCAAAAAUAGAAGAAAGUGUCCCAGCGACAGAAGCAACAGCUGAAGUUGCAGCAGCAGAAUCAGCACAAACUGAAGAAACAGUUGAAGUGAAAGCCGCAGAAGAGCAACCAGUUAAGGAGCAAGCACCUGAGGAACCCAAACCUGUAGUAGAGGAGAAGUCAUCAGAGGAACAAACUCCAUCAGCAGAAGAACCCAAACCAGCAGAGGAGCCACAAGCUGAAGAACCCAAACCAGCAGAGGAGCCACAAGCUGAAGAACCCAAACCAGCAGAGGAGCCACAAGCUGAAGAACCCAAACCAGCAGAGGAGCCACAAGCUGAAGAACCCAAACCAGCAGAGGAGCAACAAGCUGAAGAACCCAAACCAGCAGAGGAGCCACAAGCUGAAGAACCCAAACCAGCAGAGGAGCCACAAGCUGAAGAACCGAGACCAUCAGAGGAGCUACAAGCUGAAGAACCCAAACCAGCAGAGGAGCCACAAGUAGAAGAACCCAAACCAGCAGAGGAGCCACAAGCUGAAGAACCCAAACCAGCAGAGGAGCAACAAGCUGAAGAACCCAAACCAGCAGAGGAGCCACAAGUAGAAGAACCCAAACCAGCAGAGGAGCCACAAGUAGAAGAACCCAAACCAGCAGAGGAGCCACAAACUGAAGAACCCAAACCAGCAGAAGAGCAACAAGCUGAAGAACCUCAACCUGUUAGUGGGGAAGCAGUUGAAGAACUUAAACCAAGUGAAGAGGCCGCACCUGAGGCACCUGUAACUGAAGAACUCCCACCAUCACCUGAAACAGCAGAAUCAGAGAGCACAACAGAACCCACUGCUGCUGAGCCACAGGCAAGUGAUGCACCAGGAGAAGAAAUAGCGGCUCCUGUGGAGUCACAAGAACAAGCACCAUCAGAAGAAACCCCAGUCCCAGUAGUAGCACCCGUAAAAACAGAAGAGACAAAACCAGAAGAACCGGCUGCUCCUGAGCCAUCAGAGCCAGAAACAGAGUCAACAGAAAAAAAGCAAGAGGAAGAACCAGUUCCAGCAGAACCUACACCAGAGACUCCUUCAGCUGAAGACAAGCCUGCAGAAUCAUCAGACCCAGUGAUAGCACCAGUACCAACACAGGAGGAAGUACCACCUGCUCCAGAAAAAAGUAAAGUUCCAGUGGUCUUCAAAUGGAAACAUGGUGGCAAAGAGGUUUUCCUGAGUGGUACUUUUAACAGUUGGGAAAGAACACCUUUAGUAGAAAGCAAUGGUGAAUUCAGCGUCAGUCUCGAAUUAGACGAAGGAAGUUAUGAAUUCAAAUUUAUUGUGGAUGAAGAAUAUAAAUGUAGUUCAGACUAUCAGGAAGUUACUGGUAAUGAGUUCGGUGGUAAUAACAUGAUAGAAGUUAAACAAUCCUAGGAAAGAUUCUGACAAGCCAUCACAGUAUAAAUGAAUCCAGCUGAAGAAAAACGCAAUAUGCAUGAAUAUCUCUGGUGUGACAGUAUAUAAACUUUGGAUAUCGUUAUAAAAACCUCUGAAAUUUAAAAAGAUUUGCCAUUUAUUGUUAUAAAGGGUUUAUUAUAAUCCAGGAAAAAGAGGGUUGUUUUGAAAAGUGUUUUGAUGUAUUCUUUACAUUCUUAAAAAUGGUAUGCCAAUUCUUGUUCAGAAAACAUAAUAUAUUUCUAAGAAUUAAUUUAUGUAAAUAACAUUCUCUGCAAUGUGACGAGGGUUGGGGGGAUAACACUAUAUAAAGAUAGUAGUUUAGCUACACCUUCAAUGACAACUUUAUGGCACAAAAUAUCUUUUCUUACUUUUCGUAGAGGUAUUAACUUAAUAAGAAACCUACUUCAUAAUAAGUCUAAUUAAAUUGGACAUUAUAGCCUGAGACUAUUCACUCUAUAUCUGCAUAUGUUAAACAAUUAUUUAAUUAUUUUUUUCUUAUUGAUUUCAGUAUGGUGCUAGAAUUUAUUUUCAUAGGUUAUUUACCCCUUCUAAUUGUAGUUUCUGGAUAAAAUUGCUAAACUUUCCAUUUUACUUUGGCAUGAUCAUUUCAAAUAACAGUUUUGAUAUGUUUUUUUUUUUUUUUACCAUUGUAUCAAGAAAUCAGUCGACAGAUUAUCCACAUUUCUUGUGGAGUCCCUUUGGUUUUUGGAAUUUUUGCCUUUGUAAUGAAAUUAAAUUUUAAAAAAUUGGAUGAGGGAAAAAAAUAUAUUUAUGAAUAAGUAAAAAAAAAUUAUAAAAAAAAUAAUGUGCUAAACUGUUGAUAAAAUAAAUAAUAAUAAUAACACUCAAUUGGAAAUACUAUUGUAGGUGCAAGAUGUACAAGUUUGAAAUCUUAAAAAAUAAAUUUUAACUUGAAAGUAUAUUCAAGUUUUCAGACAAGCCCGAAAUCUAGCAUACUGGUACAUGUACAGUAGUUUUGACCUAUGCCAUGUAUAGGCUUCGUUGUUUACAAUUCUGGUAGAAAAAAACAUUGCACAAUUUAUUGCUGAUUGAGCAACAAUUAGUAUCUUAAUUGAGCGGUUAUAAGGCUCCAUGCCACAGUAAAUAAGUUAUAUGUAGUGUAACAUAAAUACUGGAAAACUAAACAAUUAUUAGGUAGGAUAGUAAAAAAUAGAAGUAGCCAGUUUAUGCGUGCAUGUCAGGGCGAUAUUGACCUAACUAUUAAGUCUAUAUUGUGUAGGUGGUAUAGCAAUAAAACUGUUAAUGGUUCAGUUCGUAGAUAAUGCCUUGAAAUAUGCUUGAUAAGUCGGUUCUGUAUCGUCUCACAAUAAAGUUUUGUUUGUCAUUUGGAAAUGUGCGUGUCUACACAGUAAAGGUGACCUUCAAUUUGUAGCUGUGUUGAGAGUCGUUGAUAUCACCAACAGGAUUUAAGCUGCAUCAGUUUGGGAGUAGAUGAUUUCCUUUCUUAGAGAUCAAAGCCUACUCAAGUUACAUAUGUGUAUAGUAGUUAGUUUGAAAUCCAUUUACUCCAGUGUAAAGAAUAUAGUGAACAAAUCAUUCCCGCCUCAUGAAUUGCAUUCAGCUGCCUGACCUUUGACCCAGAUUCACCGGAAAUCCUGGCGCCAUCCCAACUACAUUGUAUGUUAGUUGGGACAGUACCUCAGCAACAACUUUAAUUGUGUUUUCUU